GCAGCCGGCUAGCUCAGCCGUUUCUAUGCAGCCGGGCUGACAAGCAGCUCACUCACGGCGUUACUUUUAUAAAGUGACCCGUGUUUUAAAAACUUUUUAACAUGUUCUAACUCUUUCCAGCGCUUUUCAGCCUGAGGAUACGGUUAUGUUUUUGGAGGAUGGAAACGGAGGACGUGUCGGUUAGAGAGCAACUUUUCCACAACCGUGUCAGGGAGACCAUAAUCUGUGUACUCCUGUUUACAUGUCUAUACAUGGUGGCCUACAUCAUCCUGACCCACUUCAAGAAGGCUGCAGAGUUUGUCACAGAUGAUAUCGAGGAUGCCACGGUCAACAAAAUUGCGCUGUGGUUGUGCACGUUCACCCUGUCAGUCGCGGUGUGUGCUGUGCUCCUUCUCCCCAUUUCCAUUUUGUCCAAUGAGGUGCUGCUCACCUUCCCACAGAGCUACUACAUGCAGUGGCUCAAUGGAUCUCUUAUCCACGGAUUGUGGAACCUAGUUUUCCUUUUCUCCAAUCUGUCCCUAGUCUUCCUCAUGCCCUUUGCAUACUUCUUCACAGAGUCUGAAGGGUUUGCAGGGUCCAGAAAGGGGGUUAUGGCACGAGUUUAUGAAGCAGUGGUGCUGCUCUUGCUGCUGGCUCUGCUCGUGCUGGGCAUUGUGUGGGUUGCAUCAGCCCUGCUCCAUGACAACAUAGCCAGGAAAAGUCUCUACGACCUGUGGGAAUAUUACCUUCCCUACCUAUACUCAGGCAUCUCUCUGUUUGGAGUGUUGCUGCUCUUGUUGUGCACUCCCUUUGGCUUGUCCCGAAUGUUCAGUGUAACUGGCAGCCUAUUGGUCAAACCGCGGCUGUUGGAAGAUGUCGAUGAAACUUUGAACUGCACCACAUUUGAGGAAGACGCCCUCUCUAGGAAACUGAACUGUAGCAGUACAUCAUGCUGGGUUAAACUCAAUUUGGAAGCGAUGAAGAGAGAGUACCAAGCAGUCCAGAGCAAGCGCAUCGCCCUUGAAAUGCGUAGGAAAGCGUCCCCAUGGCAGAGAAACUUGGGCUAUCCGCUGGCCAUGCUCAUGCUCCUCGCACUGACGGUGAUGUGUGUGUUAAUGGUCUGCUUCAACGUGUUGGAGUUGCUCCUGGAUGAGACGGCCAUGCCCAGAGGGAUGGAGGACCCUCACCUGGGGAUGGCCUCCUUCUCCAUGUUUGGCUCACUGGGCGCUGCAGUUCAAGUAGUCCUUAUCUUUUACCUGAUGGUUUCGUCUGUGGUGGGCUUCUAUAGUUCUCCUCUCUUCAUUAGCCUAAUGCCUCGUGCACAGGACACCAACCUCACACAGAUGAUUGCAAACUGCGUUUCACUUCUCAUCCUGAGCUCAGCAUUGCCCGUCUUUUCACGCACACUUGGGAUCACACGCUUUGAUUUACUGGGAGACUUUGGACGCUACAACUGGCUUGGGAACUUCUACAUCGUCUUCAUGUACAACAUGCUGUUUGCUGGUCUCACCUCAGCCUCCCUGAUCAAGACGGUCACCUGGGCCGUACAGAGAGAGCUCAUCCGUGCCUUUGGUCUCCACAGACUGCCUUUGACUGUGUCACGCUCCACCGUCCCCUUUAGACUCCUCCUGGCCAGCGGACUGUCUAAAAUCCAGUGAAAUUUCCACUUCACCACUGCCUUUUCUAACCUUAAGAAAGUGAGCCACUUCAAAUGUGCACCCAUUGGAUUAAAGGCAUUUGCUAUUAUUUCCCUUUGCCAGUAGAUGCAUUGGUUGGGCCUUCUGUCAGGAGACAUGGAACGAUGAGUCUGUCUGCACUGACCAGCAGAGGCUCCAAUUGAAGCUGUGACUAAUAUAUUUGGGUCAAAUUGAGUGACUUUCGAUGACUGCAAGGACAAGUGCUGGUACAAGCAUUUAGCUGAGUCAUAGUUAUGGACUGGAACAAGGGAAAAGGGAUCUAAGUCAUUUUGGCAGUCCCGUCAUAGUGGACAAUAAUGAGCAUUCCCCCUCGAAUCAUGAUGCCUCAUGACAAGAGGAUCAAGUGGAUGACCGUUGUUC